CCACAGUUAGAGCAGGACCACUAAAGAGUCACUGGAUCAGUGGGAUCUUGAAGGGAAAGAGAGGGUGCCUGUAUAUAUAUUUAGAGGCUUGUGAAAGCUCCUUCCCAAAGAGCAAAGAGAGACUGAGGAAAGGCACUUUCCAAUAUUUGUUAUUAUUUUACAGAGAUUAGCAGAGGUAGACAGAUGACAGAUUUUAGGGCGGCUCUAAAGCCCAGCUCGGGGCCUAAGCCAGGGUCUGAGAUCAAAACCAACACCCCAACAAAGGUCGAUUUCAGAUCGUUGCUCAACAAGAAAGAUGGUUCGUCCAAAGCGCCCGCUGCGACCCCACCCACAAGCAGUGCACCUUCAGAUUUCAGGUCUGCCCUAAACAAGAAGAAAGCACCAGAACCAGAGAAGAACGAGAAAAAUGAACAGAUCUCGAAACCAGUGCCCAAGACACCCCAGAGGGACAAGCAGAGUGAAAUCAAUGGUGUUAAUGGUGGAGUGAGAGACAUAAAGGCUAACGCUACAGAGAAAGCAAUGACAGCAAAGAAAAGCAGCAGCACCGAUGCAGGAGGGCCCAAUGAAAAAAAGGAGAUAGCUCCUGAGAAAUCAAGCCAGGAGAAGAAGAGAAACAAUGGAGAGAUAGCAGAGACUAACAACAAGGCAAGAACUGUAAAUGGAGGAAAGAACAGUGCCGGAAACCCACCUGUGUUCUCACAGCCUCUCGGUGACAUCACUGUGGUGGACGGAGAGAGGCUGAGGUUAGAGUGCCAGGUAACCUCUGAUCCCCAAGCUGUCAUCACCUGGAUACUUGAUGGGAAAGUGGUGAAGCCAUCCAAGUUCAUUGUCUUAUCACAGGAAGGUGAAAAGUGCUCGCUCACUGUUGACAAGGCUCUACCAGAGGAUGAGGGGCGCUACAAAUGUAGAGCAGAGAAUGCAGACGGUAAAGCAGAGUGUUCUUGUAUGGUCAUUGUAGAAGAUCCGUCCGACCUAUCCACAGACAAGAAAAACAGGAAGAGCUCUUCUGCUACUCCCACUACAGAAAAUGAAGCCAGAAUAAAGAAGAAAGCAGCGCCCACCAAACAGGGUUCGUCACCUCAGUUUCUGCAGUUCCCUGGAGAUCAGAAGAUCAGGGCAGGAGAGAAAGUGGAGCUGUUAUGCAACUUUGGUGGGACGGCACCUAUAACUUGCACCUGGCUCAAGUUUAAAAAGCCGAUCCAAGCAGGAAGUGGGGGCAUUUCCAUAGAAACCACAGAGAACCGCAGUCAGCUGACAAUCACUGCGAGUGACCAGGAUCACUGCGGUUGCUACACGCUGGAGCUGCAGAAUAAAUUUGGCACCAAGCAGUCCUCGCUCAACCUCACGGUUGUAGAUAAGCCAGAUCCCCCAGCCGGCGUUCCUGCUGCAUCUGACAUCCGCAAGUCCUCGCUCACCCUCUCCUGGUAUGGCCCCACUUAUGAUGGAGGCAGCAUUGUCCAGUCCUACAACCUGGAGUUAUGGAACUCAAUGGAAAACACAUGGCAGGACCUCACCACAUGUAACAGCACCUCUUACCACGUCCAGAACCUUCUCGCCGAUCGUCAGUAUAAGUUCCGCGUUCGAGCUGUUAAUAUGUAUGGUGUUGGAGAGCCCAGUGCAGAAUCUGAGCCUAUCACAGUAGGGGUGGAGGAGGUUACAGAAAAAAAGGAGGAGGAAGUUGGAGCCACUGUGUCUGAAGAUGAUGAGGAGAAAGAACCAGAGUACCGAGAUGUGGCCAUUAAAAAAGACUGCAGUGUCAAGGACUUCUAUGAUAUAGAGGACCGCUUAGGAACAGGUAAAUUUGGUCAGGUCUUCAAACUUGUGGAGAAGACCAACAAAAAGGUGUGGGCAGGGAAGUUCAUCAAGGCAUUCUCACAAAAGGACAAGGAGAAUGUGAGGCAAGAGAUCUGGAUUAUGAACAGCCUCCAUCACCCCAAACUGGUGCAGUGUGUGGAUGCUUUUGAGGCAAAGACUGAUAUGGUCAUGGUCAUGGAGAUUAUCUCUGGUGGCGAGUUGUUUGAGCGAAUCGUCGAUGAGGAUUUUGAACUGACUGAGAGAGAGGUGAUAAAGUACAUGCUGCAGAUUAUAGAUGGUGUCCAGUUUAUCCACAAGCAAGGCAUUGUCCACCUGGACCUCAAACCUGAAAACAUCAUGUGCGUCAACAAAACAGGAAGCAAGAUCAAGCUCAUCGACUUUGGUCUUGCCCGAAGACUUGAGGAUUCUGGUACUCUCAAGGUCUUGUUUGGGACCCCGGAGUUUGUUGCUCCUGAAGUGAUCAACUACGAGGCCAUCAGCUAUCCAACAGACAUGUGGAGCAUUGGCGUCAUCUGUUAUAUUCUGGUCAGUGGUCUUUCUCCAUUCAUGGGAGAAAAUGACAAUGAGACCCUAUCUAAUGUCACCUCAGCCACAUGGGAUUUUGAAGACGAGGCAUUUGAUGAGAUUUCGGAUCAGGCCAAAGACUUCAUCAGCAGUCUUCUUAAGAAGGACAUGAGGGCCAGACUGACCUGUGCGCAGUGUUUAGAGCACUCCUGGCUUAAACAGGACACCAGACAUAUGGAGGCCAAACAGCUGUCCAAAGAGAGGAUGAAGAGGUACAUCCUGAGACGCCGCUGGCAGAAAACAGGGAAUGCAGUGCGAGCCAUCUCCAGGUUCAGUUCUAUGGGAAUGUUAGGAGGGAUUGGCCCAAAGAAAGGUUCUCCGACUGACGAUGCACCAUUCCUCGAGUGUAUUGAGGAUGAAAACCACACCCCUGUGGCACCUACCUUCUCCUCCGUCAUAAGGGAUGUGGAAGUGGUGGAAGGCAGUGCUGCCCGCUUCGACUGCAAGAUUGAGGGCUACCCAGACCCUGAGAUUGUGUGGUACAAGGACGACCAGCCUAUAAAGGAGACACGCCACUUCCAGAUCGACUAUGAAGAGGAUGGUCACUGUAGCCUGGUGAUCUCCGAGGUUUGCCCUGACGAUGACGCCAAGUACACCUGCAAAGCCAUCAACAGCUUGGGAGAAGCCACCUGCACUGCUGAACUGAUGGUGGAGUUUAUGCAAGAGGAGGAGGGAGAGGGGGAGGGUGAAGGAGGGGAGGAGGAACAACAGGAGUGAAUAAUGACGGAUGAGGAAUGGGGUGAGAAAGAGUUGGAGAAAUACCAAACGAACUAUGGAUAUCUUAAACAUGUACACACUUCCAAUGGUUUAUUCUAACAGACACAGACUGUCUUUCACCAAUGCAAAUGCUUGUACGCCAUAUUCUUAGCAUAGUUUGCAAAGAGCAAAAACUUUUUUGUGUCUGAAACCUCUUUGCCAAGAUCAAAGACAUUCCAGCUUUUUCCAUUCUGCCCAGACAAUCACCAAAAGUAAAUACAAAACUGAAAACCCUUUGAUGUUGGGGUAUUUGGACUCCCAAAAAAUUCCAUCACUUUAUUUGACUGAUUACAUUUAAUUAAUAUCAUCCAUGUCAGUAACUGUUUGUGUGGCAGUUACGUUUGUGUGCACACUUUAAGUCUGCACUGCAGUCUAGUGGUAACAACAUUACAAUACUUUUUACACUGAGGUAGUCUAGAAUGGUGUUUCAAUAUUACUAUGAAUCUUUGAAGAUGAUUUAAAUACUGUUGGAGACCUUACUGUAUAAAGAUGCUAACUAUUUUUAAAAUCUAUUGAGUUUAUUGCUAUGCAUUAAUAGCUAUCAGAAUUAACGUUAAAGGGACAGUGCACCCAAAAUGAAAAUUCUCUCAUCAUUUACUCACCCUCAAGCCAUCCCAGACGUGUGUAACAACUUUCUUUCUUCAGCAGAACACAAAGGAAGAUUUUCUUAACAAUAUUUCAGCUCUUUUGCUCCAUACAAUGCAAGUGAAUGGGUGCCAACAUUUUGAAGUUCCAAAAAUCACAUAAGUCAGCAUAAAAGUACUCCUAUGGUUAAAUCAAUAUCUUCAGAAGUGAUAUAAUAGGUGUGGGUGAGAAACAGAUCACUUUCACGUUGUUCUUGUGUUUUUGGUGAUUCACAUUUGUCAUGCAUAUCGCCCCCUACUGGGCAGGGAGACGAAUUUCAUGCAAAAAAUAACAUUAAUAUCGAUCUGUUUCUCACACACAUCUAUCAUAUCACUUCUGAAGACAUGGGUCAAAACCCUUGAGUCGUAUGAAUUACUUUUAUGCUGCCUUUAUGUGCUUUUUGGAGCAUAGAAAUUUGGCACCCAUUCACUUGCAUUGUCUGGACCAACAGAGCUGAAAUAUUCUUCUAAAAAUCUUUGUUUGUGUUCAUACACAUCUGGGAUAUCGUGAGGGUGAGUAAAUGAUGAGAGGCUUUUCAUUAUUGAGAAACUGUCCCUUUAAUCCCAAAAUAUUUAAUGUAGUUAAUGAUUAAAGUGACCAACAUCAGUAUUUUUUAUCGUACACUUGUGAGAAGACCACGAUUUUCUGUCAUGGCUAGAAAACUGAAGGAUAGAAUCCUGAAUGAUCUGUGGUGUUUCCGCUCCGAGUUCAGUUUGCCCUUUUUGAGUGAGCCCGCUUGCAUGACGGAGCAAUGAGCUGAAUUUUGUGCAGCAACCUGCAAUACAACCUCUCAUGCCAUAUUUAUGACCCCGUACAGGCUUCCUCUCCAUUUGAGUGUCUGCACUAUUCUCAAAGAAUGAAUUAGUCAUAGAAUUUGGACUGAACCCUUUUUUUCUUAUCUUUUGACUUCUUCACUUAACAUAUUAUAUGACCCUUCACAUUCCAACAUCCUUGUAGAAGUACCAAUUCAGCUAAAGUCUACCUAACAAGAAGAAUGUAGAAAUUAAUGUGUGGAACAUGUGAUCAAAGAAGUACAUCUAAUGGGCUCUGAAAGAUCAUUUAGGUUUAUUCAGCAGUUUGCAAUGAUUAUCUGAACACUGGUCAUAAAGUGUUACGCUCUCCGUGCCUUUUGUGAUAUACAGUAUUCUGUAUCCUGGUACUUGUCAGAAUUUCAUCCUCAAGGGUAAAUAUACUGUAUAUGGAUGUUUCUUGAACUCUCACUAGUUUAUUUUAUGACAUUUCCACCACAUCUUGAAUUCUGCCUUGGGUUUAGGUCCAUGGUGGAAAUGAUACUGUUCAUGUUUUAAAGACUCAUUUGUCUUGCUAAGACUGAUUUUAUAGCUAACACUUUAUGUAUCCUAAAUACACACAAUACAAUUAUAUUUUCACUCUUUUGCAUAAUUUGGCAAAAAUUACAGCUUGAUUGGAAAUAUUGCCCAAUAAAAAUAUUCUGCUCACCGCUGAUAUUUACAUUGAUUUUUCUUCAUGUUCUUCAAACGUCAUUUGUCUGAUAUUUCAGCUCAAGAACGCUCUUCGCUGACCCUAGUGCACUAACUUAAAAUAUCUUUAUCGAGAGCAAAAUUGUAUGGUGUCGUGGAAAUGAUGCCAAAAGUGUGGGACAGUAGUCAUUUUUGGAAAAUGGAUCAUCAUGAAAUCAUUUUCACAUAAUGAAUAUUGAAAUGGUUUAUGUUUAUUUCACUCUCUGUGGAUGAUAUAGUUUUUAAACACAUAAUAAUUUGUCAUUUAAGAUGCAUUUCAAGUCAUGGUCAAGGCUAAAACAACAAAUGUCUAUACACAAAAUAAAUUUGAAG